UGUUAACGCCUACUGCUAUUAAACACGGCUCCUCAUCUCGUACAAGCGGGUCAAUCUUUUGAAACGAGUUCAUACAUUAGUUCGUCAUACAUAGACAACAAAUAUUGCAUUACCUUUUCCUCUUUUCAUUUAUUUAUUUGCUUUUUUCUUUCAGACAUUCAAGGUCGAUUGUAUUAAUAAACUGCCACCAUGUACGAACUAUACGCCCGUCGCCCGGCGACGUUCGACCAAUGCAAAGACAUCACCGAUCUCUGCCCUGUUGAAGCAACAGUUCUGGGCUAUGUUCCUAACAAAGGCUCCAGCUAUUUCUUCACCAUCUGCUUCGCCGUUCUAUUCCUCUCUGCCGUGGGAAUAGGCAUUUGGAAGCGAACAUGGACGUACGCUGCGACCCUGGGAGCAGGUUUACUGCUUGAGACUGUCGGCUACAUUGGUCGUCUCCAAAUGAACCCCAAUCCUUGGAAGUCAUCGGCCUUCCAGACUCAGAUCUGCUGCAUCAUCAUCGCCCCGACCUUCAUCUGCGCCGCCAUCUACCUCACACUCAAGCACGUCGCCUUGGCUCUCAACCCGGCUCUCUCACGGUUCCACCCUCGCUGGUACCCGAGAGUUUUUCUCCCCGCCGACUUGUCAUGUCUCAUCAUCCAGGCCAUCGGUGGUGGCAUCGCAGCAGCAGCCAAGCGCGACCAGCCCGACCUAGCUACCAACGGUAACAGGACCAUCAUCGCCGGUGUUGUUCUCCAAGUCGUUGUCCUGCUCGCGUUUGGUACCAUGGGAAUCGACUACUACCUUCGCGUGAAGAAGUACAUGCACGGCUCCGACGUUGCCCCUGAGUCACUGCGCGUCUGGCGCGAUAAGAAAUUCCGGCUGUUUGGCUUCGCUGUAACGGUCGCUUACUUUGCCAUUCUUACACGUUGCAUCUACCGAAUUGCAGAGAUGGCUGGUGGUUGGGGUAACCACAUCAUGCAGGAUGAGCCUAGCUUCCUUGUGCUUGAUAGCACUCUUGUUCUUGUGACAGGCUUCUGUUUGACUGCUCUCCACCCUGGUAUCUUCUUCCCCCAGAUGGCGGCUAAUAUGCGACGAAGCAAGACCACCGAGGGUGAGACACCUGCUGAGUCUUCUAAUGAGGAGAGAAAGGUUGAACACUCUCGCAAUGCUUAAAAGUUUAUGGUUGAGAUGUAUCGCAUUAGGAAAUUGAUACAGCCUAUUCAAUAUGGGUUUGUUUGGAACAGGGCGCAGGGUGUUUGUCGCUUGGAAUGACACUAGAA